UUCGCCACACGUGUUUCGGUAAACAUUUUCAGCAUGUUGCAGAAAUCGUGAAUUUUAGCUUAAAAAAUCGAGGAAAAGACAUAAAGAGACAUUUCGGACAGUAAAAUGACGCACCUGCGGUCAGAGGUUAAGCCAGGGUCGGAGGAGCGGAAGUCUGUGUUCAAGGAUAGCAGCUGCAUCUUCCGGCGGAAUCGAGCCCUCGGCUAUGUGAGCAACCAGGUUCCAGCAGUCACCCGCUACGUGCAGCGUCGUCGGGACACUUUGCUGAUCACCUGCAUCGGCAGAUCCUUCCAGGUGUACACAGCCAACCACUUUCGGCUGCUGCACGUGAGCGGCUUGCAUCCGGACGAGAUUACGGCUAUGGCCACCGAUCGACUGCACACGUACACGGCGAGCAACAAGUGCAUCUACGCCUGGCGGGCGGGCAAACACAUCCGGCACGUGUACCGUGGCCACCAGAAAGAUGUCCACCUCCUGCUGCCUUUUGGUUCCAGUUUGAUAGCCAUCGAUAGGCAGAACGUGUUAAAAGUGUGGAAUAUUUCCACCGAGGAUGUUUAUUUGGAAGUUCCCUUCCGGUCCGAGGAGUUCCAGAUCACAGCCGUAACCCAUCCGCCCACGUACAUCAACAAGAUAGUACUAGGCUCCCAGCAGGGCCAACUGAAGAUCUUGAACAUAAAGAAGAACAGUGUGGUGUGCACUUUGAGUCACCACCACAGCAGGAUCACCUGCAUUGAACCGUCUCCUGCUUUGGAUGUCGUGGCCGUGGGACACGGAGAUGGCACUAUUAUUCUGCUUAACCUUAAGUUCGACGAGGUGCUAAUGAGCUUCCAGCAGGAUUGGGGUCAGGUCACCAACCUCUCGUUCCGUACCGACGGCCCACCAAUCCUUGUGUCCGCCUGUAGCAAUGGUUACAUGGCCUUCUGGAACCUGGAGGAGCGCAAGUUAGCCGGUCAGCUGCAAGCCCACGAGGAGUCGGUGACCACGGCCAUUUGUCUGCCCAGCGAACCCGUAGUUUUCACCACUUCACCAGACAACUCCAUGAGGAUGUUUGUUUUCGAUAUGCCAGAUGGUGGUGCCAGACAGCUGAGGAUCCGCGAGGGACACACAAAGCCGCCGUUUUGUAUCCGCUACCACGGCAGCUCGGGCGUAUCCAUUCUCUCUUCGGGCGAGGACAGCACCAUGAGAGUCUUCUCAACCAUUUCCGAAUCGCUGAACAAGAGCAUGGGCAGAGCAACCUACAAUCCAAAAGCCACAAAGAAGAAGAAUCGCUUCGAGCACGAUAAAUAUGGAAUGCCACCCAUACUGGAGUUCACAUCGGAUACGACUCGCGAAAAGGAGUGGGAUAACAUCGCUGCUAUCCAUGCGGGUGUUAUUCAGACGACAACCUGGUCGUUUGGCAAGAACCGUAUGGGCGAGCACCGCCUGGUCCCGAAACAGUUUCAGAACAGCAACCGUACCAACUUCCAGAGCGAGCCCACAUGCGUUGUGCUGACGCACUGCGGCAACUUUGUGAUCAUUGGCUAUAGCAGUGGCGACAUUGAGCGCUUUAAUAUCCAGUCUGGAUUCCAUCGGGCUAGCUAUGGCUCUCCAGCGCACAAGAUGGCAGUACGCGGCUUGGCCAGCGACAAUCUUAACCAAACCGUCAUCUCCGGCUGUUCGGAAGGUCUGCUCAAGUUCUGGUCAUUUAAAGGAAAGGUUGACAAGCCCUUGGCUACUCUACGCCUGGCAGAUGGAAUCGCCCUGAUACGACAGCACCGAGAGAGCUCCAUGCUGGCCAUUGGUCUGGAAACAUUCAAGAUCUUUGUUGUGGACAUGCACACGAGGGUCAUUGUUCGCAAGUUCGUCGGUCACACAGCCAAGCUGAAUGACCUCACUUUCAGUCCGGACAGUCGCUGGCUGAUCACCGCCGCCAUGGACUCCACGAUCAAGGUGUGGGACAUACCUUCCUCCUACAUGGUAGAUCACUUCCGCGUCGAGGCGCCAUGUGUAUCGUUAAGUAUGUCGCCGAAUGGCGACUUUCUGGCCACCGCACAUGUUGGCCUUUUGGGCAUUUACCUGUGGGCCAACAAGACGCUGUUUAAUCAGGUUUCCCUGCGCUCCAUCGAUCCUUUCGAGCCGGCUCCCUACGUGGGAUUGCCCACGAAUGUGUGCGAUGCCAUGGAACUGGAAGAUGGCAUAAAGGAGCUAGAGAUUGACGAAGAGGACGAGUCAAAACUCGGCGAGCAAGUUGACACCAAGUACGAAACUCCAACGCAGCUGUCCCAGGAACUGAUUACGCUAUCUGGGUUGGCUGCAUCCCGUUGGCAGAAUCUAUUGGAUUUGGAGCUUAUCAAGCAACGCAACAAGCCCAAGGCACCACCAAAAACUCCCAAACAGGCUCCCUUCUUCCUGCCCACGGUUUCGGGACUGGAACUGCGCUUCGAUGUGCAGAACGGUCAGAAGGAGGAGGAUGAAUCCCGAAUUCGGAACGCUUCUACUCUCAACAAUCUAACUGCCUUCGGCCAGUUGCUGGAGGAAACUGCUGACACCCUGGACUUCGCACCGGCUGUGGCGCACUUGACCCAACUAGGACCCUCAAUGGUUGACUUUGAGAUCAAAUCUCUGCACCCGGAGGCUGGAGGAACACUCCUUGCCAUGCUGCAGUUCCUCAAACUCGUUAAGUUUAUGUUUGGAACCAAUCUUAACUUUGAGCUGGCUCAAUCGUAUCUGAGCGUCUUCCUGCGAUCCCAUGGUCUCGGCUUGACGGAGUCCCCGGAUUUGAUAAAGGAGCUGCGCAGUGUGUCGGAGGUGCAGCAGAAGGCUUGGCAGCGUGUGGAGGAGAAGCUCAUCUAUGGAACUGGAGUUGUGGCCGCUCUCCGAAACUUUGCGCACUAGUUUCCAGAUUAUGUUGUAGUUCAUUUUGAAAUUUUGUAAAUAAAUUUACAAAACAUUUUA